CACGGCCAUGUCCCAAGUUAUCUCAGUGAUUCUCCAUGGCAUGGCUGAAACCUCCAUGCCUUCAGUCAACACCUUCACACCCCCUGGGGGGGCACGGCACAUGCCUUCAAAAACACACAGCUCCGCAGGAGAAUUUUGAUGUCCACCAGUGCCAGCCGGGCCAUUUUCAGAGGUGAAUGACCUCCAAGAUUGCUGCUUCAUGGGUUCCUAAGCUUUUUCUGUUUGACCUUGCAAAUGCGGUUCCAUAUCACGAGGGUCUUGGGAUCGAUCCACUGGCAGGACUUGGUGAAAGAUGGUGUGCCCAAAGAGUCUGCCACCGCCUCCAUGCUGACGCGCAGACAAUCCCAGGAAAUCCAUUUCAGCUUGGAACGCGACUGACCAAAACCUACAAUUUCGUCCCAGAAAAGAGGAAGGUGUUGCGCUGCGCGCUUGCUGAAGUACCGACUUAUGACUCACCUGCACAAGAGCCACAGGGUCAUGAGGCAAGUGUGGUUGGACCGCGCGAGGGAAUUCCUCCAGGCAUUGCCUUCACAGACCGAAAAAUAGAGACUUCAAAGUCGUUUCUCCUCAUGAGCAGCAUUACAAGGCAGACGAGUUUGCUCCAAACCAACUACCUGGUACUUGCAGGAGGUUCGGAACCUGAAACGCGCCGAACACGCAUUCCGUCAUCCAGGGAUAUCCAGCGGUUCAAAAGACAAGCACUAACUUCGCGAAAUGAAAACACAGCAGAUAUGAUCGGACGCCGUCAAGACUGCGAGAGCAAGCUGGUCAAGCCUGACCAGUAUGAAUCAAUUCAUGAAUCUCCAUUGCUGAGAUUGCAGAAAGAUGUAGGUAGGAUAUGGUAGGAUUAUGUUUGGAGCUCACUGCUGUCACCGUCAGCAGCCAGUUCUUCGCGCAGAUUGCCACUGAAAGCCUAUAAGACUCCCAAG